CACACAGAAAAUGCUGGCAUUCUUCAGAAGGUUCAUGUCAACGACUACUGUAACUGCUCAACCAGUGCUCCCGUGGUUCAGAAAUGUGCCGCUAGCGCCUGCUGAUCCAAUUCUAGGAGUUACUGAAGCAUUCAAGAAGGAUACGAAUCCGAAUAAGAUUAAUUUAGGAGUUGGAGCAUAUCGUGAUGAUCAGGGAAAACCAUUCGUGCUCCGAGCGGUCCGCGAAGCUGAGCAGCAAAUUAUAGAUGCUAAAAUGGACAAAGAGUACUCAACAAUCACUGGAGUUCCAGAAUUUGCGCCAUUGGCUGCGAAACUCGCUUUCGGCGACAAUUCCGAAGUGAUUCGCGAUGGAAGAGUCUUCACAACUCAAUCGAUAUCCGGAACUGGUGCUUUGAGAAUUGGAGGACAAUUUGUGGAAAAGUUUAUUCCAUCCAAGACUUUGUUUUAUCCAACACCAACUUGGGCUAAUCAUUUGCCAGUUUUUAGAAAUUCUGGUCUUUCGAUUCAACCAUACCGUUACUACAAUCAAGAAACUCUUGGAUUUGAUGUUGAAGGAGCUCUCGAAGAUAUUUCAAAGAUGCCAGAAGGAUCUGUUAUACUUUUGCAUGCUUGUGCACAUAACCCAACUGGUGUUGAUCCUACUAAGGAGCAAUGGAAAAAGCUGAGCCAAGUGCUGAAAGAACGAAAAAUUCUUCCAUUCUUCGAUAUGGCUUAUCAAGGAUUUGCAUCAGGAGACGUUGACGAUGACGCAUUUGCUCUUCGUCAUUUCAUAGAACAAGGACACAAUGUUCUCGUUGCUCAAUCAUUUGCAAAAAAUAUGGGAUUGUACGGAGAACGUGUUGGUGCAUUUUCGAUUGUUUGUGAUUCUGCUGAAGAAGCGAUUCGUGUUGGAUCUCAAAUGAGAAUUAUCAUUCGUCCAAUGAUCUCAAUGCCACCACUUCAUGGAGCAAGAAUUGCUUCACGGAUUUUGAGUAAUCCAGAGUUGAAGAAAUCUUGGCUGGAAGAUGUGAAACUAAUGGCUGACCGUAUCAAAUCAAUGCGUACGGCUCUAAAAGACGGCCUGAAAGCUGAAGGAUCUACUCUCAACUGGGAUCAUAUUACCAAUCAAAUUGGAAUGUUUUGUUUCACUGGAAUCAAUGAGAAACAAGUUCAAAAGCUCAUCAAAGAGCACUCAGUGUACUUGACAAAUGAUGGACGUAUUUCUAUUUCUGGUAUUAAUACUGGAAAUGUUGCAUAUUUGGCUAAAGCUCUCCAUGACGUCACCAAGUAAUGAUUUCUCUAAGUUCUCUACGUGUCUAAGUUUCUUUCCGGUUUUAUUGAAAUUCAGGUUUUGCUUUUUUAAAAAGUCUAUAAAAUGGUUUUUGGAUUUUCUU